AUGCGGGGAAAACUGAAUGGAAAGGUGGCUGUUGUCACAGGGGCAUCGUCUGGAAUGGGACGUGCGAUUGCGAUAGCCCUCGCCGGCGAGGGUGCCAAGAUUGUUCUGUGUGAUCUGCAGGAAAAUGCCAAUGCCAAAGGCUACGAAGCGGACGUGGACAAGACCACAGGCGAUAUCAUCGCAGCCCGAGGUGGCGACUCUAUCUUUUCGCAGACAGACAUUGCGAGCUCGACGGCCGUGCAAGAAACCUUUAGCCGAGCCCUCGAGGCAAGCUACUGGGCACCCUUCUGCUCAUUUGCGGACGAGUCAGAGGAGCUGUGGGCCAAGAUGGCCGCUGUCAACACCCUCGGUACGGCCAGAAUGAGUCGCACCGCCAUCAAGCAGUUCCUGAAGCAGGAGGUGGAUGAGAAAUGGGGCAGUCGGGGACGCAUCGUCAACAUCUCAUCGUGUGCCUCCGUAACAGGCUUCCCCGGCGAAGUAGCAUACUCUGCGACCAAGGCCUCAGUUGACCACAUGACACGGGCCGGAGCAUUGGAUCACGCAAAGGACAGUAUCAAUAUCAACUGCGUCGCGCCAGGCGUUGUCGCCACGGGUAUGGCGCGAGGGAAUCUCGAGAACAGCUCCAUCCACCAGACCAUGGUCAAGGCAACGCCCUGGCCCCGUCUCGGGACGGUGGAUGACAUUGCGGCCGCCGUUCUCUUUCUAUGUCUUCCUCAGUCGCAAUGGAUUACUGGACAGGUUCUUCCCGUGGAUGGUGGCAUGACUAUUGGUGUCUCUGCGUGA